AGUUGUUAAUCACAAAUAAUAGAUUUCAGAAAACGAAAGUAAUGUUUACAAUUUCAGCAUAAAAUGUCAAGGUUUAUCCGAAAGUAUCCAAAUGAAAACUCGUCACGUGACAAAGCGACAAUGGCGUCAAAAUUGUGAAUUUCAGACUGAUGAGAGUUAUUUUCAUCUAUUGUAAGAUGCAUUUGAAACAUUUGAACCUUAAAAUAUUCCUCGAUGCAGUAAUUUAUAUUCAUUCACCAAUAUAUGUAGAAAUGUAUCCAAGAAAAUGAGCUUUCUUUGAUUUAUAGCGUGACAUAAAUAUGUUACGACUCUGGUUGACUUUCGAUACGGGGUUAGCUUCAGCGUACAGGUCUGUCAAUACUAUAUAAACUGUACGCUGAAGUUUCUUUAGCUAUUCGGAGUUAAUGAGGUUCUUUAGUUCUAGCGAGCUCAACCAAAGACAUGUACUAAUUUGUUUGUUGUAAUCAAACAUAAUAUACUGCCUUUAAAUAUUAUGUAUUUACUUUGGACAAAAUCCUUAUUGUGGUACGGCGAGAAGUGGUGGGAUAACCCAGAAGAGAAACCCGAACUGUGUUGUAAGGUGUUCGCCAAGACUCGGUGUUUAACCCUGGCCACGUGAAUGAGAAGCAAUUGCACGCAUUAAUGUGCCAGCCGGAUGAAUCCGAAAGCUCUCCCCAAGGUGCCCAGUGUUUACCCAUUGGAAGUAACAAGAUUGUCUGGGAGUAGUUUAAUCUUUCAGUGUGAAUAAUUUUUUACAAUCUAAUGUUGAAAUCUGAACCUAAGGAAAGCAAAACUAGCAGCAUGGAAGCUGGCGGCACCAGUGUCAAGAAGGUCAUUCUGCCUUCCAAAGUCUCACUGAGUUUUGCAGCACAAACUACAAAUAAACCCCCUUACACCACUGCCAUAUAUGUGGGAUCAAAAAAAAUAUCAGAAACUUCAAAAGUUGAAGACUCGAAAAAUGCAUCGGCUUCUAAAGGACUGAAGGACAAUGAUAGAAAGUUGAAUUCAAAGUCAAGUACUGAGGUACCUGGGACCAAUCCAUCCAAUCGUAUUGAACUGGUCGGGUUCAAAAUGACCAAUGGAUCGCCAGAAUCUUCACUGGCUACUGAGGAUUCUAAAAAACAGAAAUCCUGGACAGCCUCCAAAUUACCGCCAUGCCGUGUGUGUGGUGAGGAUACUUCUCCCAGGGGUCUCCACUAUGGGGUGAACACAUGUGAGGCUUGCAAGGCCUUCUUUCGACGAGUUCUGAAGCGGUCAAACCUGAAUUUCCAGUGCACAUGUACCCUGGAGGAGCGGCGUCUGGGCACUGACAUUCCAAGGAAGACCACUUGUCCCAAAUGUCGCUAUGAGCAAUGCGUUAAAGUUGGGAUGUCAAAAGAUGCCAUUAAAAUUGGGCGUUACACGAUCGGGCGCAAGAGACAGAAUGAUCGUGAGGUGCAGUCACUAGAGCAGGGCAAAGAAAGAGUGAACAGUGGCAGUUCAAUCAGCUCGGGAUCACCACAUAGCCAAGGUCAGUCUGUGAGUUCCCCAGAGGAGGUGUCUACUGACAUUGAAAACAUCAGUCUCACUGACAGGCCAAAGUCCCCGAACGUUCGUGCAGUAAAGAGACUGAAAAAAGAUGACAAAUACCAUCCCGAGACUGGUUUACUCUAUCAAUCACUUACAAAUAUCAUUCUCAACUCUCUUACUCAAAACCAGUCUUAUGCUGAUGGCUCAGCAAAUUCAGCAGCAGCCAGGGGAGAUGACUCUAACAAAAUGACAGCUGUGGAAAAGCUCUUCAUGCAGCCAUUCGAGAUGCCAUCCAGCAAUCAGUCAUCAAAUUCAGCCAUGCAGUUUGAUUUCACUUCACAAGGCAGCAAUUCAAAUCCUUUCAACUCAUACACUAAGGAUAUGGCACCUAAUCUCAUUCAGUCAUCAAGCAAUGUUGCUUUCUCUGACCAGCCUAAACAAUCUCCUAUAGAAAACUUGCUUAUGUCUCCACCAUCUGUUCAAUUGCCCUCGCAAACUGAUUUCUUUAGUGGGAUAAAACUUUCACCACCAAAUUCUAACCAGCCGGAACUUCCUGAUGAAAAAUCCUCUAUUGAAAGCCUUCUGCUUUCACCAUCGUCAGGUAUCUUAGCACAUGAAGUGUCAAUAAAAAAGGAGAGGAGAUUCUCAGAACAAACUGUUCCUACUGAUAGCCCAGAAUACAAUACCACAGAACCUUCUUUUGAUGAGACGUCUUUUCAUGGGAUUCACCCAUGUGAUGCAAUGAGAACGAAAAAUCCUGGCCUGCAUGAUGGUUAUGAAAUGGCUGAUAAAAUUCCAUCAUAUUUGCUGGAGAAUAAUAUGCUGGGAUCACCAAGCAUGGAUCUCUUGAAUGAAAAUGAGGCAGGGGAGCUGGACCUAUUCAAUGACGAUGAGCUUCUAAUAGCAGAGCUUAGCCAAGAAGACAUUGAAAUAGAAUUGAAGGAAUACGACAGGUACCAGGAGAUUUGCAAUUGCUGCACAAUGACAGCAGAAAUGAAGGAGUCGAUAAUUAAGAAUAUGACAGAUGUGGCCAUGACUCUUAUGACAAAGAUGGAGAUGGUAUCUUGCAAUGAAAUCAAGAGGAGACAUGCUGAGUACUUGGAAAAAUACAACCUAAAACUGCAAAUGUUUGGUGAAAUGAAACUGUCGAAGGAGGAGUAUAUGUCGUUCUACAAGCAGACAGGCAUUGAUAUUGACAACAGGCAGCAACUGGUAAUAGAGUGUCUUAAGCAUUUGGAAGACUCCAUUCACAAAAUUGUCACAUUUGCCAAAAGCAUUCCUUGCUUUACCAACAUUGACAUUGAAGACCAAGUGAAGCUUUUGAAAGCCACACGUUUUGAGCACGACAUGAUGAAGUAUUCGGGACAGAAGUGCAUUGUGUCCUCAUUUAAUGUGGCCACAGUACCAUGGGACAAGGAGUAUCAUCUCGAGGAACUGCAGAAAGUCAUGCCUGAAAACUUUGUCCAAGAAAAGGUCCGAAUGGCGAACAUGGUGUGCGACUUAGGGUUGACGGUGGAGGAAACUGUGGUUGUCCGAGCCUGUAUCAUAACAUAUCCAGACCGAGUUCAACUCAAAGAUCGACAGAAAGUGGUCGAGGUAAACGGCUGCAUGAUGUCGUGUUUGAAUUACCUUCUGAAGAAACGUAGGGAGCCCUAUGACCUCUCUCAGCUGCUGUUCGUGUUGGCGGAACUGCGCAAAAUGUCGGAAUGGGAACAGAAGUUUUUCCAAGGUGUAUUUGAGGUUUGGCCUGUGUCUGAAAGCCACAAGUUAGCGAAGGAGUUUGUAACAUAUUAGGUCAUCAUCAAUUGAGACUUACAUGGCUUUGUAUGUUUGGUUAGAUGUUUAAGGUAUGUUAAAAGUUGGACUUGUGCAGCUUUAUAUGUUUGGUAUGGACAAUAUAGAUCUCUGUAAAUGAACAUUUGUAAUUGAUAGUUCUACAUUUAUAAUAUUCCAAGGCACCUUAACAAAGGAGUCAAACCAGUGUGUAAUAUUCUUGGUCUGUGCACUUUGUUUUUGUCCCACCUUUAUCUAUGUUUUACAUAAGGAAAUAGUCUCAUUAGAGCAUUGGUGUUUUAUACUAUAAGUUGUAAAUAUUAUAUAGUAGUAAAUAAUUGUUGUAAUUGUAAGGAUGAAGGGUAUGUUACAGAUUGUAAUUUGUUAACAUAGAUUAGUCUGGUCCUUUGAAGGCAAUUCUAAGUUAAUAGUUUUACACCGAAGACUAUGCAUCGAAUAAUCAGGAUAUUUCAGAAGUGUUUGUUACAAUCUUGGUCUGCUAGAAUUAUGUGUCUUGCACAUACAUCUGCUCUUUGGUUAUUUAAUCACUAUAAAAGGACUGUAAUACGAUUUUAGUCUACAUAAUUUGUCAUUUUGCUAGAAUCAUUUUGAUAUAUGAAGAAUACGUGCUUCUAGAAAACUUUUCAAAUACUUAACCCAUUUAUGCCUAGCGUCUAGAAAAAAGGCCUUUGCAAACAGCGUAGACCCAGAUGAGACGCCGCAUGAUGUGGCAUCUCAUCAGGGUCUGCACUGUUUGCUUAAAGGAAUUUCUAAAUAUAGAAAUAAAUAUACUGGACAUCCCUAAUUAUGGAAAUAAAUUGAUCCAAUUUAGAAGGAUGGGAGAGUCCACUUGCCAUAAAUGGGUUAAUAGAUAAUCUUCAUGUGAAUGUUUCACAAAUUGACUUACAUUUUUGUACUUUUGCUUUUGCUAUGUAGAAACAGCAUUGCUUUAUGACUUCAAGGUAUCAAAGUGCUACAUACUGUCCGUUGGUUCUUUGAAUCAUGGCAUAUAGAAAACCCAACAUUCAAUAAAUUAUAAAUGCUGCUUAUACCACAGUUUGUCCAUUUUAUGUCUUGUACACUUGUAUUUUGUAAUAUUGAUAACAAAAUCGGGGAAUUAAUUCUUUGGUUUUAUUGUGAUUGUCAACACGAAAUGACAUUAUAGUCUUAACCCUUUCAGUGCUGGAACCGAAUUUAAAAGGCCUUUGCAAACAGUUUGGAUCCAGAUAAGACACCACAGAACAUGGCGUCUUAUCAAGAUCCAAACUGUUUGCUAUUCUGAAAGUAUUUGUUGAAAAAAAAAUCGACGAAAAUGCUAUUUUUAAAAAUUCAGCAGACAACAUUAAAGCAGACAUGCAAAGGGUUAAAAGACUGUAAGGUAUCUAAUGGACCUUCCAUGAGAACUUUGAGACGACUUAAACAUUUGUUAUGUGAGUUUUAUUAACAUUGUUUUAUGUUGUUUGUAAGUUCGUGAUCAGUCAUCUUUUAUUUCUUUUAUUCUUUAUAUUCACAUUAUUUAAAAAUUUGUUUUAUGAUAGAUAUAACUGAAGUUGUUGUAUGUUUUGUAUAUUUUUACUUCUUUUGACUGAAAAGAGUAUCUUUGUGCUGUUUUUUUCUAGUCCCAGAUGAACCAAAUAGUCCAAUAGUGCGUGGUAAACAUUGUGCAUUACCUUUUGUUUGCUGAUUUCCUAAUUGAUCAAUAUGAUAAGCUUUUAUGCACUUGAGUGAUGGAUUUGCCAUUAAGGUUAAAUAUUGUGAACCCUUUUGAAAGAAUUGUUAUGCGAUGACUUACAUGAACAUUGAUUAAUGAAAUUAUGCUUUUACAUUUAAAACGAUUGUAUGUAAGAUACUGUUUUGGCUGAAACAUAAUUUUAAUAUUGUCAAUAAAUACCUAAUUAAGAUGUUAGUCCUUACAGCUGUUUUUUUUUAUCAAAUCACUUGUUCACUUCUGUGAAUUUUUUUUUACUUAACAAAAGCUGCAUUACUCAUGUGUUCGUGUUGACAUAUGGGUAAAAUUAGCAGCAGUAUAUUUAAAAUUAAAUAAUCAAUAAAAUGAAACCCUGAAAUUGACAAUUAUUUUAUUUGCCAUUUAUUUAUCACUCUAAUUAAAGUGUUCAAUGAUGGAAUGAAUAAACGUUUUGGAUGUUUUUUUUAUUUGUUGAUAAGACAUUUUUGUAUUUAAAAAUAUUGUAUUGCUAAAACUUUGCUCGUUCUGAUUUGUAUAUGGUUUUGUAUAUGGUUUAUAGUUAUAGUUCUUUUUAAGGAUCACCAUACAUUUAAACAGAGCUUGUUAUAUUUUGACAUUAUUGUACUGGAUUUUGUCCAUUUACAAAAGGUCUUUUGAUAGGACAUGUAAUUAUUACGGCAAAUCGCUUAAUUAUAUUAAUGAUGCAUAUUUUCAUUAAAGCAUGAACAUAUUGCUACAAUAAUGUUAAGCUAAAGUAAAUCCUAAUGUUAUUUUCUUAAUUAGGAAAAAGACCAAUUUUGCAGACACUUUUUAUUGAUCAGGGGCGUAGCUAGCAUUUUUUGAGCUGUAGGCCCGGAUAUGAUACAUAAAACCUCCCUGGACAACGUUUUAAUUCUUUAAAGCCUGUGGUGAGAUUUAAAGCAUAUCUAGACAAUUAACAAGAUAAGAUAAUAUAAGACUUUGGUCAGUUUUUCUUUGAUAUUUAACUGUUAUAUCUCAAUGUUAGAGAACUAAAUUUAACUGUAUUAUCUUUAUAAAAGAGAACUAAAUUUUAAAACAAUAUGGAACAGAGAAAACAUUUAAAAGUGUAACACUCCACUUAUUCUCAAGUCGAACCAUGGGAAUUAUUUCCAAUAAUACUGUCUGCAUGUCUAUAACGGCAUCAUAACGUGUUGAGUGUAAACCUUACUUACAUUCGCUCUAAUACACUAAUUGUUUCUUUAACAUCCAACGAUAAUCGAUUACAACUUACUGUAGUGUUGAAAGGGAAACAAGUAGAUCUACAUGUAGAUCUAUUUAAACCUGUAACAGCAAGUCAUGUAAAAAAGUGAGCUAGAAUCUAUGCACAUAGGAAGAAGUUGAGUUGAUAAUUGGAAGAUAUCUUUGAACACAACCAGAAUCCAUUGUCUGAGGAUUAUGUCGUUAUGAAAUGCAGAUUUCUAACACCUCACCACCAUCAGGAUCAACAUUUUAAUGCGUUUUUUUUAAGUUGAAGCAUUUUUAUUUGUUUCAUGUUUCAAAAAAAUUUUAGGCCCAGGCUUGCUGUGCCUAAUAGCAGCUACGCCCCUGUUGAUAUUUUAAGCUUAUAAGUACAUUUGUUAUUGCAAUUCUCUUAUUUGUCUCUUAUUUAAAAUGCAUACUAUACCUGUAUACCAAUUAUUGAUGUUUUAAAUUAGAUUUUCUUCAAGAGGGACUGUCUGAUUUUGAAUUAAAAGUACUAUGUAAUACCAUCCUUUAUUCUUAUUAUUUUUUUAUCUCUUUUGUAACAAAAUGUUUAAAAGUAAUUUAUGCUCAAAAAGCUCAAACUAGAAACAUUCAUAAUUAAUUAAGUUGUUUCUGUGAAGGGAUCUAAUAUUAACCCUUUCAGUAAGGGAACCCAAUUUUGAAGGCCUUUGCAAACAGUUUGGAUCCAGAUGAGACGCCACAGAACGUGGCGUCUCAUCAGGAUCCAAACUGUUUGCUAUUCUGAUAAUAUUCUUUGAAAGAAAUCGAAGAAAAUGCUAAUUUUAGAAAUUCAGCAGACAACAUUAUAGCAGACGACAAAUUUCCCAGCAUGCAAAGGGUUAACGAAAACACACAGGAUUUGGAGAAGUUUGAUUAUCCUCAAUAACAACAAAAUGUAACUUUGGCUUUAGAAUUAUCAAAUCUGUUUGUGAACAAUUGUAUAAUGGUCUUUUUUAGAAAAAGAUAUGAUGUUUUGUCACUGUUAAAAUUGUUAUGUUGUAUAAAAAUGUGUUAUGUACCGGAAUGUUGGUGAAAGAGGAAAAGUCACAUUCAUUAAAUCACUUCUCAUUAAUAAUUCACUCUAUUAACACCUUUUAAGGUGUUUCAUUAUUUUCUGUGUGGUUUUAAAUGACAAUUCGCAGUGUGACUGUGUAGACAUAUGAAUGCUGGUUUGUCAAGUGUGAUCAUAUACUAUAUAUGUGCUCAGCUGUGAUGGUAAAACAUGUAUUGCAUGUCAGAGACAAAAUUUACGGAUUUGUGUUACUUGCGUUGUUUUUCAUACCAUCGUUCAAUUAUGCAAAUUUGGGUUGCUACAUGCUGUAGGUGAAAGGACCAUAUUUUAUGUAUAGAAUGAUAUAUUUGACCUUAUACGUUUUACCAUAUAGAAUUAUUAAAUGAACAGUAAGUUGAAUGAUGACUUGUAUGAUGACUGUAAAUUGGAACAUUUUUGUUAAAAUAUAACCAAUAUGGAAUUAUUGGUUAAUAUUAAUACUAUACACACAAGAUGGCUACCUGCUUUGAAUAAUCAUAAGUUAUUUACUUGCCGUGUUAAACACACAGAAUCAUAGUACAUGUAUCAGCCUAAGGGUAUCACUUUACUUUCACAUAUGCUGUAGUAAAUUUUGAUCUAAAAUCAAGUUUUUGUGUACAAAUAAAGGAAAAUCUAUGUUUUUAAGUGGACAGGUUUAAAUUAUUAGAUCAGUUUUGUUGAUAAUGAUGUUGUUCAUUGGUCCAUGCUAAAAUAUCUGUUUCUCAGUGGACAGGUUUAAAUGAUUAGAACAGUUUUGUUGAUGAUGAUGUUGUUCAUUUGUUAAUGCUUGUGAUACUGUUAAUACGUAAAUGUUGUUGAUGUUUGUUAUGCUUGAGUCCAUCAUUUUCAUAAACAGUAAUAGGGCAAA